GUCUAGUUUUAUUAGUGUAGAUAUUGGUAAUUCGAUAAAUAUUCUAGGCUUAUAGAACUGUAGGCAUCUACAGUAAAGUGGUUGUAAUAUGAUACCCUAUAUAGCCCUUUUACAACGUCGGUACGAUCAAAUUUUCCCUCGUCUAUAAGGUUGUGGUUUACAGAAUUUGGCGCGGAACAGGUACUCGUCUAUUGGCUGACUAGUGUUCCCGGAACAUGUAUUGGGAAAGCGGAUGAUAAAUUUAGUCUUGUUUUCAAUGUUUAGAGUCAAUUUAUUGCUAAUGAAUCUCUAAAUGAUUCAAUAGAAAGCUAAUGAGAUCGCAGCUUAGAUCAGAAUCGGACCAGUUAAGAUCCUUACAACAAAAAAAUGCAAUUUCGCGUCAAACAGUGACUCGGUGUCCGCCAUGUUGGUUAGGAACCACCAUGCUAGCCACAAAAUCAACAUGGCGCGCCUACGUUUUCCAGGACGUCCUGGCUAUCGAUUUGAUCGGAUUGGUGUUCGAUAUGGUGCUGAUGAAGCUCGACAGACAACAGAUCCCACUUUAUCAGUAGUAGCAAGUAUCCACCGAGGACUACGAAGAUUCAGAGAAUUGUUUGGGGACUCUGAUGAGGAAGAAGAGUUCUCUGGGUUCACACCACAGCAGGUGCGCGCAGCUGAACGGAAUCUCGAGCGCAUCAUUUCCCGCGAGAAACUUAUUCAAGAGCAACAGGCGAAGGAACUUAGUUUUCGCUACCAGCGUUCCCAAGAGAAUCUCGCUAGUUUGGAAGCUGCUGGCAUUCCUGUUCCUCUGAAAGCCAAAGAAGCUUUCCCGGGAUUCAGGAAGACCUACAGGAAAAUUGUGGACACUGGUCUCUUCCAAGACAGCACCGCUGCCGUUCAGGGCAAGUUGAGUUUGAAACUGACGAAUGACACCGCUCAGCAAAAUGGAAGUCGAGCUGAUGGUGGUAGAACAUCCUCUCUCAGUCACAUCAGGAUUAAGCGCCUUUCACACAGUGUCGAGACACAGCCCGUCUUACCGGCUCGUGUUGGGAGACCUCGGAAGAGGUUCCCCAAUGCCGGUGCGAAAGGCGAUCUUCAGGAGCCGAAGGCAAAAACAGCCGGCUCUGAUGCAGCUGCCGCCUCCACUUCAUCAGGACUGGGGGUCAAGUUGUCGUCAAAGUACCGACCUGCGACUCAACAGAUUUUGGCUCGAGCCACGAAAAAAGCGGCUCAAAGCACCAACCGGCUGUUGCUUACGCCGACGAAAAACAGAACUCGGAAGUUUGUUCUGCCCACUAAAAGCUCGCGGUCGUCGCGGGUGAUCAAGCCAAACAAACGUUUUUUGGAGGAGGACAGUGUUCAACAGCUGGUGGCGAAGCAGCCAAAGCUGAGUCCCUCUCUGCCCACACCCACAUCCACUUCACAUUCCAUAUUGUUUGGGAUGGGCGUGCCCGAGGGCACCCAGGGCAAUGGCAAUUAUUUCUCAGUCUUUCAAGGACAAGGCAUGUCUCUUUCACCGUUCUACACCAACAGAGAAAAGGGAUUUCCUGCUUUUUCUGCGGCUCCCCAGCCUAGCGGAACGGCAAGUUUCACCGACGGAGCCGACGCCCACAAGCCUGUCGGUUCUCUCGACCGGCCCCUUAUCGUAGAGGGAAAGCGGCCGAGGAAACCGAGUCUGAUCAUGAGGAUGAAGUUUGUGGAGGAUGAUCCAGACGAUGAAAUUCGAUUGCAGCAACAGAUGGCGAGUCCCAUCAAGCCCGGGUCGGCCCCCCUCCCCGCUGAUGGUCAGAAGCCGGACUCUGGGGGCCAGGCGCCGGGUGUGACCCCGUCUGGAAAAGCUUACGGUUCCGCGAAGAGCCUGAUUGCCCCAGCGAAGCUCUUCACCGAUCCCUCCUCCGCGUCCCACGUGUCAGUGUCCAGGAAAUCCAAGUACAAGCAGCAGAGACGCGCUGCCGCCCUGUCUCAGAGCACGGUCGUUUUGCGCCAGGCGAAGCUCCACCUGAACCGCACAGCGCUCAACCGGUCCAAGGCGGCGCUGGCUCGUUCGCUCAAGGCUCAGCUCAAGAGGGAGGCCAAGAUGGAGCGCAAGAAGCGGCACUCUCAGAAAAAGAUGGGCCUCCUGUCGUCUUCUGCUGCCACUACGAACUCCAGCAGUAGCAGUGGCGGCGGGGGUGGGGCCAUGCCCGCACCGUCAGUGUCUCCAGGCUCCUUGAGUCAGUUGUCUCCUUUCUCUCACCUCGGUGCCGGGGCGGCGUUUGAAAAGCAGAAGUUGUUUGAGGGAAUGGAGGCGGGGGCCGGCUCCUUCUCUCCCACCGGUGUUGGAACCCUCCCAGUCUCCUCUCCAGCUUCCCAUCAGGCGCCAGCCGUGACGGACGACAAGGGCCACCAGGCGUCUCUCAUCAAGGACGAGGACCUCAAGCACGGUUUUCGUGCCGGCUCCAGGCGGCCCUGUCUGGUGUGCUCGGACCUCUGCACCGUCAAGGAGAACCGGAAGCUGCCCACGGUGCCUCUGUGCAAGCGGUGCAAGAAGGCGUUCUUCUACCAGAUCUCCAAGUGGAAUCCCCGCAAGCCGUUUAAGCAUUGUGUGAACGGGGGUCGCUGCGUGAUUAACCACAAAGAGAAGUCACAUUGUGUUGUGUGCAAAUUUCGCAAGUUCAUGGCCGUUUUGAAGAAGUGUGAAACCGUGGGCAUAUGUGGCAAUGCGUACCCUUCACAGGACUUGGAAUCAGAAAUGGCAAAUCUGGCUAGUUUGUGCAUGAAGAAGGGUAGUUCCAAGAAUGCCAUGGAAGCAGCCUCAGUGGGCCUCAAAAGAAGUGACAGAAACAGGAAGGGGACGGCGUCAGCCGAAGCCUCCCGCCCUCACUCAAGGUCGCAGCAAAAACAUGCGGGUGGUGGCGGAGACUUGUCCGAAGAUGGGGUCGUCUCGGCGGCGUCAAACACGAAGCCCCGUCAGAGGCACCAGAGUAGUGGUGCGGCUGCCGCUGUGGACAAGGUCGCCACAGCGACGACGAAGCAUCGGCGGAAACACAAGAGCGGCGGGGAAUCGUCUGUGGACGGCAGCGGCUCGGCCUCCGCAGCGGGGAGACCUCGGCACAAGCACAAGAGCGGAGAAGGAGGAGGGGGGGCGGAGGAAAUUCCCGAGCCCCCAAGCGUGCGAAGGUCUGGCAAGCUGCUGACGCAGAGCAAGGACCUCAUCCAGGCCAACAGACUGGACCAGCCGCUGUCCGUGGACGUGGGGCAGGAUGCAGAGCCUCUUGGCCAUCUUUCGCCGCCCCAGACGCAGUUUUUGGGCAGGACGUCGCCGAACAAAGCCCACCGCUCUGCCGCCGCCGUAAAGAAGCCGCCUGUGACGACCAAUGGGGACCAAGCCUCAUCAUCAUCAUCACCCGACUCAGAAAACAGGACCAAGAAAGACGCCGACGGAGAAGACGAUGACGACGAUGAUGAUGAUGACGACGACGACAAGUCUCUGAAAGGCUCGUCUCGCGGCCCUCGGAUCAAACACGUGUGUCGCAGAGCGGCCAUGGUGUUCCCGCAGCAGAGGGCUACAUUCCCCGAAGAGAUGCCCAGGCGAACGACCUUGACCCUCAGCGCUCUGCCCAGUGCGGAGAAGCAGCAGCUGCUGGCGAAGAGCAAGCAGGAAGUGAAAGACGAGUCAUCCGGUGAAGAGAGUGACAGCGAGUGGCCCGUAGGAAAGCUGACCUCGGGUACAGACAAGAAACUGCAGUCACCGCAGGCGGAACGAAAGAAGGGGGAGAGCAAGCAGAGGCAGAAUGGGGAGAGGAAGAAAGGAGACGCGGAGGACGGAGGAGGAGGGGAUGAGGGGGGUAGGAAGAGAGGAGGGGAGAAGAAGGAGAAGCAGGAGGAAGAGAAGAAAAGGGAGAGGACCACUUCGGGAAGUGAUACAGCAGCGAGGCGCGGUGUCAACUUUGGGCAGAAGCGGAAAAAAACCAUCAUGAGGAAGUUUUCCAGUUUUAAAAGGUUCCGGCUGGGGAAACGGAAAAGAAGAUGCAAAGAGUGCAAAGGCUGUUUGACUCCAGAAUGUGGCAACUGCGUUUUUUGCAAAGACAAGCCCAAGUUUGGUGGCCCUGGGAAGAUGAAGAAAAGCUGCAUCCACUCCACGUGUCUGUUCCCAAGAAUCCCGCGUAGAGUCGUGGAUACUUUCAUCGAGCCAAAAAGCCCGAGCAAAACGAAGCGAGAGGACGACGACGACAACAGCGGAAACUACCGGCCGACCAGCUCGCUGUCGGUGGUUGGGGACCGCGGCGGCUCGUCUCGCCUCCAGGGGAAGAAGUCGCACGACUACAAGCAGUUGGGGAGUGGUGGGAACGGGCUGCAAGAUGGUGUGGGGGGGCGGCGGGAGAGCCAGGACUUCUCGGAAGGUGACGGGGACGACGACGACGAAGAAGACGACGGUGGCGACGACGAUAACGCCGGAGCCAGCCGUGCUGUGAACGGGAAGACGCCGACGAAAACGAAGACAGUGGCGGUGUCGACUAGCAGCAGCGGUGGCGGUCCCCUUCGGGGGGCGACGGCGGUGCGUUCGGGCUUAGACAUGGACGGCUCUCACGUCCGCUCCAUGGCCGCCGCCGCCACGGCGACGGGUGGAGAGAGGCAGCAGCAACAGCGGCGGCGCACGACGGUGGCCCGCUACAGUAAGGGACAGUACCCCCCGGCAGUGGAGGCCACUAUACAACUGGCCCUGGCCGAGGUGCGCAACCCGUUCGUCACUGGGGUGGGCGACGGUUUCGUCGGCAAGAUGGGAGGCUUCAAGAGGCGAGAGAAGAUGUCACUGCUACAAAAGAUGCCGACCAAGGAGCUUCAGAUUGUGGAGACAGAGACGGCCUACUCGUUCGACAUCCCCCUCAAGACGCAUCUCAUCAGGGCCGACUUCAGGGAGGAGGACUACGACGUGGAGACUAUCUGGUCACAGGGACUGGCCUUGACCGUCACCCGGCCCAGCUGUGUGCGCACCCUGUGUUAUCUGUGUGGCUCUGCCGGCAAACACGAGCUCAUCUUCUGCAUUGUGUGCUGCCAGCCCUACCACAGCUUCUGCCUGGAGGAAGACGAGCGACCGGAGGACAGUUGUAACGAAGAGGAUGGUGACGAGAGCGAUGACCACCACCACCACCACCAUCAUCAUCCACCGCACGGCAACAGCAGCAACAGCAGCCUCCUCUCGUGGUGUUGUCGGCGGUGUCAGUUCUGCCACGUGUGUGGACAGCAGAAUGGGCUGUUGAAGUGCCACCGGUGCCGGGACACGUACCACCCGGAGUGCCUGGGGCCCAACUACCCCACGAAGCCGUCGCGCAGCAACAUCUGGGUGUGCACCAAGUGUGUGCGCUGUAAGAGCUGUGGGGCCACUACGCCGGGUGUGGGAACCAACGCCACCUGGACCUACGACUUCUCCCUCUGCCACGAGUGUGGGAAACUGAUGGAUAAAGAGGGAGCAGAAAAAGAGAGGGAAAUUGUCAGCCCCUUCCGAGGGAAAAGAAAUCACAGCUCACGGGGAGCACUCUCGGGUGCCCGACGAAAGAAUUGGACCAAGGGAGGUGACUGUUGACGACCCCGGUGGAAGUUUUGACGACCCCGGUGGAAGUUUCGACGAGCCCGCUACGAUGGAUGGUGCUGGCGGUCAGAUUGUGGAAAAAUGCGACUGCACGCAUCCGGAAUUAUCCCACAAUUCUUCUUCUUCUUCUUCAGUCGUGGGCCGUCAUAGCGGCGAGCUGAGGCCGAGGGAAGUGGACGGGCCACGUGCCGGCGUACGGAUUGUUGAGUUGGAUCGGGACACGGAUUCGGAUCAGGACAUGGAUUCCGAUCGGGACUCCGGUUCGGGUCAGGAGGAGGUUGUCGAACGUUCCUCUCCUCCUUCUUCGCAAAGCGCGGCGGUUGUUCCUGAAGCGAGUGAAGAAUCAAACUCUUUUUCUGUGGAUAAUACAACCAGUUCAUCAUCAUCAUCUGUGAUACGUGUUGUUCCUGCUAUGGGGGGCAAUGACGAGGACGAAGACUCUGGACCCAGUGGUCAAGCAGUGUCUGAGCUUGUGUGUGGGUCCAGUGGUCAAGCUGUGUGUGGACCCCCCAGUGGUCAAAUGGUAUGUGGGCCGAGUGGUCAAGCUACUUGUGGACCCGGCGGUCAAACUAUGUGUGGGCCCACUCAGGCGGACAGUUGUGAACAAAAUCCAACUCCUCGUGUGGACAGCAGGGGUCUCGCCGAUGGCGCUCAGACGCUGGCAGCGUGCAGUGGGGCGGGGAGUGAGAAAGACGACGUAAUUGAGAAGGAGGAAGGUGGAGAGGAGGAGAAAGAUGGAGAAAGUGGACUUGAGAAUGUCGCGGAGACGAGCUGUGAACUGGGGAGUGCAAACGGCGGAAAAAGUCUCGACCCUGACCUUGGUGCUGGAGUCUUCUGCUCAGCCGGCGCUAAGAAAUUGCCGCCGCCAGAGUUUCCGCGGAGAAACGGGCUCAGCAAAAACCCCAAUGCCGCCUCCUCCCCGGGACCUCUGAACUGCAGCGCUCUCUUGGCCGAACUCUCUCAGCGGCACCAAAGUCUCAGCAGAGAGCUGAAUUCCUCGCCGUCCACGAAGGAAAAUUCCGGGAUCUCUGGGGGCGAGGAGGUGGUACCGGAGAUACGACCGUCGUCGAGUCACGGUGAUAGCCCCAUCGUUACGGGGGCGGUAGUGUCGUCGAAUCGAGGCGGUAGUCCCAUCGUUUUGGGGGUGGCAGUGUCGUCGGUACGAUCAAGGGACGACGAUGGGGAGCCUGCUGUGGGCUGUGGAAACCAGGGCACGGCGGCUGAGAGUGACAGAGGGGCUUGUGAGGAUGGGGUUAUCGUUGCCAUGGAUACCAGCGGCGGCGGCGAUGACGAGGGAGUGGGUGUUGAUGUUCAACAAGAGGCAGCCAGCGUGGACAGCUCUCAGCACCCUCAGAAUUUCCUGGUCAUCAAGCAGAAGUUGCACAGUGGCUCUUACAGCACUGUGGAGGAGUUCAGCGAGGACAUGGUUCGGAUCAUCCAAGCCACGCUGUGUGAGAAUGAGCAUUUUGUGACACGCAAGAAGCAGGCUAAUUCUGUGCGGUCUAUUUUCAUCAAGCAAAUGGAGCGCUACUUCCCCUGGUUCAACGUGAACACGUGCAAGCUGUGGGAACACAACAGGGGAAUGCCAGAGGGCAUGCUGAAGGAGGCGGUUCUGCCCCCCUCGGAGGACCACACGUACGCCCAGUGGCUGGAGCGGAGAGAUUCCCCGAUGUCGCCGCAGCCCUCGCCCUUCAAGACCUUGGACAGACAACACAGGCACAGCAGCAGCGACGACUGUGGCCCCUUGUCCCGGCCCUUGUCGUGGCCGGCGUCAGAGACGAGCCAUCUGGAGGACACGAGGACAUGCGUUCUGUGCUCACAGCAAGGAGACGACCUGCCAGAUCACGCGGGCCGGCUGUUGUACUGCGGCCAGGACGACUGGAUCCACGUCUCCUGUGCCUUGUGGUCUGCCGAGGUGUUUGAGGCUUCCGACGGAUCCUUGCAGAACGUUCUAGAGACUGUCAGCCGCAGUAGGAAGUUGCGCUGCAACCUGUGCGGGCAGACGGGAGCCACGGUGGGCUGCUGCGAGGCCAACUGUCCCGCCAACUACCACUUCAUGUGUGCCCGCCGCGACCACUGCCUGUUCCAGGAGGACAAGUCGGUCUUCUGCAAGCUGCACAGGGACUGCGUGGAGACCGACGUGAUAUCUGACGGCAACUUCGACAUUGCGCGGCGGGUGUGCGUUGACCUGGACCGGAUCCUGACGCGGUCGACCUGGGGGAAGGCGGUGGACCCCGCCCGGCUCAGCGUGGUCAUCGGGGCGUGCACCGUGGAGGCUCUGGGGGAGCUCCGGUCGCACCUCUCCGACACCGACGACUGUCUUCUGCCACUCAACUUUGUCUGCACUCGCAUCUACUGGAGCACCCAGGACGCGCGGCGCCGUUGCGUGUACACGUGUCGCGUUGUCGAGGUCAAACCGGACUCGCAGGAAACGGAGCUGAAAAUCCAGGACCUGCGUGUGGUGCACGACGAGGGGCACCCGGACUUUGUUCCCCUCAAAGACCUGCGUCUCGACUCCCUCGGCGUUCCGAACUUUGCCAAGUGGGACUACUACGCCGCCGCCGGCCGCAGUGGUGGUGGUGGUUUGUUGAACGCAAAGGACGACUCGGAGGACGUUGUGUAUGUGGGAUGUGAGCCCGGUACUAGCGCUGCUGCUGCAUCUUCACUACAGCAGCAACAACAGCGACAGCUACAUCAGCAACACCAGCAGCUACAGCGUCCGCAGCUCAUCUCUUCCUCUGACGGCGAAAAGCGGUUACGGCUCGACGGACGUUUUGCAGGUCCCGACAGCCUGUCCAAGUCCUGGCCGCUGCUCUCGCCUGGGAAGACCUGCAGGCCCGAGGAACCGCGGCCCGCGGUGGAUCUGACGGGCCUGUCUGCCCGCACGCUGGCUCUGCUCAACAUCAAAGACCCGGCCCACUACAUCCCGCCUGUGAAAACGGCCCGCAUCAGCUCAGAAAAAGGUGGCGACGCCGACGACCAACAGGAUUUGGGUCUGGUCCGGAUUGUGGAGCGGCUCAACAAAGCGGCUUCGGGCAAGCCUCAGGCCGCUGUGGUGAGUCGGAAGGACGCCCUCAAACUGCCGCCAGCCCGACAGAUGCUGCUGUCAUCCAGCCAGGACCAGUACGAACGGGUGAGGAUGGAGAUGAUGAUGGUGCGGAGCAAGUCGCUCUCCUCCUCCCCCGUCGGGUUCCAGUCGGCAGCGGGCGGGCGCCGUCAGAGGUCGAGCAGCGAGGAGGAGCGAGGCAGCAGGAGCCCCUUCUCACCCCCGGGUCCUCUGAGGGUGAUGUCCUCCUCUCCUGUCCUCUCCCACACCCAUGGCGGCGGCCACCGCUGCCAUCCGUCGUCAUUCCGAGCUCGUUCUGUGUCCCCGUUCACACAGCUGCGACCCAGCAGUGGCGACCCCCACGACUUUCGCUCGGCUUCUCUCUCCCCGCCUCCGGUGACCAUGGGGGCGGGGUUUAGCCUGCUGUCCAAGAAUUCCAUUUCAGUGUUCGGGUCAAGGUCGCGGACACCAGUGAGUGAAGGUCAGGCGGCCGCAGCAACAACAGCAGGGGAGCAGAGGGUCAUGAGAGUGGCGGCGGCCCCUGUUAUCGAAGUUAUAGAGAGUGAGGAUGAAGAGGAGGAGAAGAUUGUGGGAGGAGCGUGUAAAAAAUCCACCCUGGUCUGCUGUGAUAAUGGCGAUAACGUCGACGUGGCACCGAAUAAGCCAAGCCCCUCUACGACGGACAGAGGGGAGAGAAAUCUUGUCGGUGGCAGCCAAGUUCUGUCAAUCUCCCUCGACGAGGAUUAUAGCGACGGUACGGGUGGGAAAUCCGGAAAGGAACUGUCUUCGGAAAGCAUCCAUUCCAUUCUGGAGAGCGUGCCCUCCGACCUCCUUCAGGACAAGGACGUGAAGGUCGUGGUGGUGACGGACUCGACGGAGCUGUCGGAGGACGAGGUUCUCAAACUGGCGUCGGCUGCGCUGGAAGAGGCCACGAGCGACCAGGAGAACGGGGGCGGGAGUGGUCAGGAGGCCGAGUCGCCCAAAAGUGGGGAGGACAACGAGGACAGGUGUAAAGACGUAUCGGAGACGGAGGGCACUGGCGAAUCGGGCACUGCCAAUGAUCAGGACAAUGGUAGCAGCAGCAGUGGCAAUAACAGCAACAGCAGCAACAACAACAGCGAACAAGCCACCGAGCCAGCCACGGAGACCAGUGGGAACCUCGAAGCCCUGGCGAGCGAGACGGCAGGAGGAGGGUCGUCAGGUGAGGUCAAAGGGCGGGGUGGUGCGGAGGGCAGAGGUCAGCCUUCAAGGUCGUGGAGGGGUUUGCCGCCCCCCGGAAGUGGCAGCGGUGGUGGGGGAGGAACUUCUCACGAGGAGGAUGAGGAAGACGAUGACGAGGAUGGGAGGCUGCCGUCCAGAGGAGGGGAGAAGUUCAAAGGUGACUCGCAGUGCUCUUUCGACGUGCGGCCCAACAAGGGGAAGCGCGGCCAACGUGCCGGUGGGAGUGAGGAGAUGGACGGCAUAGAAGAGGAGGAGGGGGAAACUCCUCCUCCCAGAAUUUUAUCGUUGGACGACGACCGCUCAGCUGAGGAGUCGGCAGAACUAGCAACGAGAAACCUAGACGAGGUUGACGGGAAAACUUCCCCUGUCAUCGUUGCUGCUCAUCGUAAGCUGCCACACUGCAAAAGUCGAGACGGUUCAGAGGAUGUUGAGCAAGAAGAAGUACUGGCGUCUUCGUCGAAGGCCUCGGUUUCAAACUCUGGCCACAACACGUCUUGUUUGAAUGCGGGAGAUGUCGGUGCGACCAGCGCUACGCCGUGCGAAGAGAAUAGAGACGAGGGAAACAGUCAUCUGUUCGGCACCGGGGUCAAGACGGCGGCAAAAGAUGGCCUCUCCUCGGCAGAGAUUAGCGAUAAAACUGUCGGGAGCUGCGAGGGUAAUUUGGAGGAAAGACGAGGACCGUCUAGUGACGACGAAGUUCUUAGCCCUGCUGCAGGUACCAACAGGCUAGAGAGCAGUGGUUUUGACGAAGUGGAAAUCAUUAGUGUGAGAGGAAAUCAAAUCAAGGAGAUACGUUGCCAGGAAAUGAAUGGACAGCUGCCGCCUUUCGCUCAGUCGCAGGGAACACCCGUCGUCUCGACAACUUCUUCUGCUUCGAAAGAUUCAGGUCAUGUGACUCUUCAGCCCCCCGCGUCUGUCGCUGGUGGUGAAGAUGGAAACAGUAGUUCCUCUUCCUGUAUCGCCUCUGACGGCGAUGCCCUCUUUUCGUCUGCGGCGGUCUUGCCUGCGGGCGGUUCCGUCGCUAAGGCGACACGCACGGAGUGUUCGGAUGUCCUUCCUGUGUCCUCCGGUUCUGGCGGCAAAACGAGGAGUAGCGUGAAGGUGUACUUGAACACUCAGGAGACGACGGAUGAGGACAGCGACUACCUGAUGUUGGACGACUUCAGUUACAGCGAGACCAAUGACGAAGACGCUGGUGGCCUUGACCCAGGGCCUCGACCCAUGCGUCUCGAGUCUCUUGGCCGUGAUGGUAGCGAUGCUGCCAAGGUCGCGGGUCAGGUGAAAGGUCGAGAAGAAGGUACGUCGGGAGCGUUGCACUCUGCAGUGUCUGCUGGAACUGUGGGGAAUAGAGCGGUGAGGUUGAGUGAAGGAGUGAGAAGUGGAAACGCGGGUAAUGACUCAUCUUGUGACCAAGCCACGCUGCUGCUUUCUUGUACCGCCGAGACAAAUACGACGUUGGUUGAAGGAUCGGAGGAGGGGGAGGGUGGCGGAGAUUUGGUGGGCGUUCCGUCGGGUGUUGAACAAGCUGCCGCCGUUGGGUGUUCUCAGAACGUCGAUGGGACUGGGUCAAAGGUCAUGUUGCCCCACCCUGACAGCACGUCGCAGUCUUGUGGGGAGGGGAAGGUAACCCAACUUUGUGAGACGACGGCGGAAGAGAUGGAUUGUGAGUCGGCUGGCGUGAAGGAGGAAGAAGAGGAGGAGAAUGAUCUGCCAAAUGAGGAAGGUGAGACGACCGAAUUGGAAAAGAAGGCGGACACUGCUGAAAUACCGGUUGGUAUCGCAGAACGGGCAGCAGGAGUUGGAACAACAACGACGACGGUGGGUCAGUGUGACCUCGUGGAAGGUGGCGGGGAGUCGUUAUCGAGACAAACGGACGAACCGUGUCCUGCGACUUUCAUCGUUCAGCAGGACUGUGCAGUAGUCUCCACCUCGUCUGAGUCGCCUGCUGCUGAUGAGAGUACGGCUACUAGAGAGACAACGUUGCCAACGGAUACCGGAGAUAUCGUCGUAUCAAAGCAAAGCGAUGGUGGUGUUCUUCUCGGUUCGUGUCCAGAAAGCGGGCCGCCGCUCGUCAAAUCCGGCGGUUUGGAAUCGGAAAGUGAGGGCUGCGGGAAUGUUGAGAGAUGUGGCCGUGCUGCAGAACGAGAUGUCGCAGCGAGUUUGUGUGUAGAGUCGGACGUGGACAGUGAUUGUCUUGUCGCAGAUGGAGGGAGCAAGCGUCGUAGUUUACGGUCUCGACAGAAAUCUUGUACUUUGGCCGGGGAGAGUGCUGAAGGGGAUAAGGAUGGGGAGCGGAGGGGAGAGAGUGAGGAGAUGGAGAGUCGACUCGAGGCUGGUGGGAAUGAUGGAGAAGAACUGGCUGAUGGUGGGAUGAUGCGGGAGGAUACCGUGGGCCGUGGGAGGGAAGAGGAGGAGGAGACAGGUGAUGACGCGAGUAGUCGACGCGCCUCGGCGAUGAGUUGGAGUAGUCGUCGCUACGGGGAGAAACUGGGUCGCGAGUCGAGCUCGGACGCGGAGAAAACGGACAGGGAAAAAAGACUAUCAAAGUCUGAGCCGGAGUGUGGGCCCGAGAAGAAAGAGUACCCGUUGAGACGCAGGAAGUCGGCGGGUGCGUCCUCCGCCAGAGACGCUCGCGGUUCAUUUGGCGCUCAGACGGACGUGAAGAAAGAGAAGAAAAGUGUAGGACAGGAGGGCUCGUGCGAUUCCGCAGGGCCGUCGGCUUGUAUGACAGACGGCGCUGUGUGUUCUGCGGAAGCCGACGACAAGUUCCCGUUGGAAGAACUCACUGAAACUGAGUCCAGCUUGCCCGACCAAAGUCUCGUAUCUUCUUCCACUAGUGAACGUUUGAAAAGUGGUCCCCGCGAAGAAGUUUGUGAGAAUAAAACAGAUUGUGUAUCCGGUUCUGAAAGUGUGGGUGUUGUGGAGCAGGAUGCGGAUUCUGCCGAUUGUGUAAUUGUUGGUGUGGAGUCUGGCUGCGCGGGGGGCAGAGUGACCAGCGGUCAAGCAUUUGGUCCUGUGGUCAGUGAUGGGUCCACCGAUCAGCUGAAGUGCGCGGGAGGAGGAGGAGAGGGAAGAAAAGAAGAGGGGGAGGAGGAGAAUGCCGAACAGAUGAACUUUUCUGACGUAUUGAGAACGGAGGAGGAGGGAGAGGCGAAGAGUGAGAAGUUGCACGAUAAGAUCGUCGAGAAGAUCAAGGCGGAGAGUCUGGCCCGGAGUAGCCCUGGGGAGGAAGGCCCGCUGAAGUGCCCGACGUGCAAGCGCCUGUACCGAACGCGCGAGAGCUAUGAGUGCCACGUGCGCGACUGCGACUUCGAGGUGAGCACGAGCGACGAGGACGAGAAGCCCACGGUGAAAGAGCUGCGGUCAUCACGGAGAUACCGAGCCCUACAGGAGGAGCAGCAGCAGCGACAGCAGUCGCGGAUCGUCGAUCUGACGACGCAGCAGAUCCGGUCGGAUAAAUCGUCCGCUACGUCGUCUCCCCUGAACGAGCCGCUGAGCAUUAUCAUCACGGACGAGUUCAAAGAGGAGAAGCUUUCGCCGUCCAGCAGGGAUUUAUCCGACUCGGGCAGCGUGCAGAGCCAGGACUCGAAGCGCUCGCUGCGCCGCAGCACCAUGACCCAGCGCAACGUAGCGCCGGCGCACCUGGGCAAGAUCCGGCACCGCGACUCUAAAUCCACGCUGUCCCCCGACGACGCGUCCACCUGCUCGUCGCUGCUAUCUCCCCGCGGGUCGACAGCGGGCGGUCAUUUAGAGGAGAAGACCUCGCCGAAGGAAACCAUGUUGGAGGCCGUGGGUCUGGUCAGCCGGCGGUCGCUCGAGCUCUCUCCGCACUCGGAGGUCGAGGACUCAGUGGCCUCGCGGACUCGAACCAUGAAGCUCCAGCCUCGGAUCUCCCCCUCGUCCAUGGCGGUGAUGCCCAGAAGAGAGAAACGCAGCCCGGCCCUUGCCGCGUCGUGCGGCUCUGGAAGGCCGAGUAUCCUUGCAGGCGGUUUGCCAAAAGAAGGGUCAGGGUCGUUGUCGUCGUCGGGCGCCAAGGUGAAAACGGUGGCCAUUGUGUCUCCGAGGGCGCUGCAGGAAGUGGAGCUGGAGAGCGUCAAGCCGAAGAGGCAGCGACAGAAGAGGGUGUGGUGGGUGGAGCAGAGCGAGAGCGAGGGGGAGGAACGGGAGGAGGAAGCGGAAGAGGAGCGGGCGGAGAGCGGAGACGAGGGGGGCGUGGCGCGCAGGACGCGACGAAGCAGGCAGAGGCUCCUGUCCACCGAGGGGGUUCCCGAGCACAAGAGAGUGGCGAGAACCUCGUCUGCAGGGAGCGUUGGGGAAGAGAAGGAUGAUGCGACGACCGUCGUCGCCAACAGCAUUGCAGACGUUUCUGGCGGCGAUGGUGACGUGAUGAAGGACGACAGAGUGGUGGACGUGAGCGAGACGGUAACUAGGUCAAACGUUGCGUCUGCUGCGGGUUCUGGGAAGGACAGGUCCCCUUCAUCUGCGACAACAAAUAAAGAUGCAGCAGAAGACAAUAAAGACGAAGUGGACGCGGUGGUACCCAAAAGCCAGGCCGCGGUCCCGCUAUCACUGAGAGAAGAUAGUGACAGUGCUUCCGGCGACGAGGAUGACGACGAUCAGCUGAGUGGGGCGACCUCGCUGAGGCGUAGUCGCCGGCCUUCGAACCGGACGUCGAAACUUAACGAAUACCUAGCGGUGCUCAAAAACAAAGAUGAUGUAAAUAAGCUAUGCAAGGACGGUGCCAUCGAUUCGGACUCGAAGCCUUCAGCGAGUCCUGAAAAGCGCGGUCGGGGGCGGCCGCGGAUUUACCCCGAAAAGGAGCGGCCAAAGUUGCCGGAAACACCACCAGCGGGGAAAAAACGUGGCAGGGGCCGACGUCGGAGGUCGGACUGCGAGAAAAUGACGCAGAAAAGUGUGAGAGGCGGCUCUGGGAGGGAUGAGACGGAUUCACCGUCCUCUCCUGGCUCGAAGCCCAGCAAGGACGAACUGCAGAGAAUGAGUGGUGGGUCUGAGUCCCCGGAGACUGUCCGAGUGAUGACCGCGAGUGACCCCCACCACCACCACUACGACCACGAGCAGAAGUCUCCCGGUGCUGUGGAGCAGGGAGGGUGUGCGCGCGGCGGCAGAGGCAGGAAGAGUUCCGGGGCGAACGCCGACGUGAAAAGGGAAGGAGUUGACGAGGAAGACGGAAGAGAGAGCGGAAAUGAGGCGGCAGCAGGCCGGAGGAGGACACGCAGUCAGAAGAGAGAGGCCGCGGUUUCCCCUGGAAGAGGAAAAGGUUGUGCCGUUCCGACGAACAAGAGGUCUGAUUCUUUUCCCACCGGGAAGCAAAAACCUAAUGUGUGUGGGGGAGAAAUAGAGAGUGAGGAAGGUUCCGGGUCUGGGGAGGUGAAGGACGAGGUCGAAAUGCUGAAACAACCAAGAGAUGAGGGGAACGAGGAUGGUGUUACUCAUAUGGAAUGGAGCGAUACUGCUGGUAAAGAAUCGGAAGGAAUGGAAAACGGCGACGUACGGACUGGUGGUGUGGAAGACAUGUUGGACUCGAACCUGCCGUUGAGCACACCGGACUCUGUGAAAACAGAUGAUCCGGGUCUAGCGGAAAGCGGUGUGCCCAAAUCUCUGACCAACGCUGUCAAAUCUGCCGGACAUAAACUAAGGAUAGUCAUCAGGUCCCCAAACGUCCAGGCCGCGCAGAAAAUUGGAGAGCUGCUGAAGAAAACGGCGAUGAACGUUCAGCCGAAUAUGUCGAGCGUAUCCUUGCACACCGCCGCAGAGAUGACGAAGACGGAGAGUUCCUUACAGAGCGGGGGCUCGUCGCUCGGAGGACAAAGUGGUGGUGGUGGUGUCACAGAACCGAACAUUUGUGCCGAGAGUAGCGGGGCCGCUAGCCUCAAAGACCAUCGUGAAAGCGGCGGUGGGUUGGAGAGUCUAGCCGACGCUGCGGCGGAGACAGCGGAAGUUGCCGGGAGCAAAGGGAGCUCACCGCUCGCUUCAGGCUCUGUCAGCCCUGAGUCGUUCUCCGCGGCCUACGAUAUCCAGAGCGACGACUUCAGCUCGGAGACCUCGAACGAUGCGGAGGACUUCCUCUCGGCGGUCGGCGAGAACAGCUGCAGCACCACCUCUCAGCUGAGAGAGAAGAGUGGUGGUGGUGGUGGCCUGGAGCGGAGGGUGGGAGGUAGCGGGCCGGUGUCCGUCUCAACCCAGUGCGACAAGAGCAGCGGUCCGUCGAAUGUUGCGGAGAAUUUAUCGUUUUCAAGAGUCGGUGAGGACGGCGAUUUCUCUCAGCGGAGUGAGCAGAGAGCGAUGACGGCGGUACCUGCCCGGGGGGUUGCUGAGCCAACCGCCGGUCACAAGGAGGCUGAUAAUGAUGAGGAUGACGAUGAUGACGUGGUUAUCGUGAAAGCUGUCGGCUUGCCGUCCGUACAAGCGAUGCGUUCCAAAUGGUCUAGGCUGCCUAUAUCAAGCAGCUUCACCACCGUCCAGCCUUCCCAUCAUACUCCCAGCCGGCCGGCUCGGGGCGCGGUCAUCCCCGUGAACUCCCAGUCUGUUUCGCCGCGGCAACGGCAGAUCAGUCCCCGGACGCCGCAGCUCCCCCCUCCUCCCCAGAUCUUGACCAAGUCGUCUCCGCUUGGGGGUCAGACCUCGGUGGGUCCGAACCCUUCCUCCCAUACGACAACUACGCUGACUGGCUUGUGUCUGCCUCAGCCUCCCACAAGCAGCCCCCAGUCGCAGUUCAUCAUUUCCAAGAUAGCCACCGGGGGCUACAUCGUGCAGCAGUCGUCCCCGCAACAACAACAGCAGCAGCAGCAUCAACAACAACAACACGAUGGUGUACAAACCGCUGACGUGACCCAGCCUGGCCUGUUCCUGCAAAACCAAUCGGGCGUGUGCCUGCCCACCGGCCAGACACCCACAGGGAUCAUGUUCCACAGCCCCGGCCAGUCGCGACUCGCCAUGCAGCCGGCGAGCCAGCCCACCAAUCUGAUGCUCCAACCGCCCAACCACCAAUCGGCGGGCGUGGUCCUCCAGCAGUCGGGCCAAUCGGGUCUGGUCAUCCCCCCGAACGCUGCGCCGUCCCUCCUCGGAGGUCAGCCCUCGAUCCUGCAAGGCGCCGCCGGUCAGUCGGGUCUCUCGUUUUUCUCCCUCAACACGGCCACCCCCCACCACGGCAUCCUGCCGGCCCCUCUCAACCUCCAGCCUCUGUCUACGAGUCUCCAGGCGGGUCUCCCCGGAGCUAUGGGCCUGUCCUCGCUGCUGCAGCCUCAUACCCUCCCCGUCAGCCAGCCGCUGGUGUUGGGGCAACCUUUCAUGACCCCGUCUGCUGCGGCCGCCACUGUCUACCUGCCCCAGUUCCAGAACCAGAGCUUUGCCCCGCCCCCUACAGACCCCGUGAGGUUGUUACAGGCCCCACCACCUCAACAGCAGCAGCAACAAUCCCUCCCCCCUCCUCACACGCCCUUGCUCAGUCCGGAGCCCUUCACUCAAGUCAUGGCUCAAGGUUCUCGGCCCCUGUUUCGACUGACCCCAGCCUCCAGCAACCCCCACCCCCACCCCCACCCCCACCCCCAUCCCCACAUGGAGCAGCCCUUAGUGAGGACCACCCUGACUCAAGUCUUGGGAGCCCAAAACGCCGGUGGUCAAGCAUCCACCACUUCCACCACAAACGUAGCAGCGGCCACCAUCACCACCACCACAACAACUGUACCCUGGAGUCUACCAUCCAGCCAUUCAUCAUCCCCCGCUGUUUCGGUACCCGCCUGUGGUGCUAUGGGAGGAACUGCGAGCUCGGCUCUAGCGCAAAUACCUGCCCAGACAGUGUCCGCCGCCCCCACACCUGCCCCGGGCGCAACGGAACCCGAAGGCUCCCCGGUCAAAGUCAACUACAUGGGCAGUUUUGACUUGAGUCGACCCGACCUGCAUUCCGUGAUCAGAUCACAGGGCUACAAUUCGGACGCCUCCCAGAAAAUCGUGGACCUGGUUCAGUCGGCACUGAAGAACCGAGACUCGUCUAUGAUCAUCCCAGGGGUGGAGGUCAAGUCUACGAUCACCACGGGUCCGCAGGGACCCAAGAAGGUUCUGCGAGUGUUCAUAAACGAAGACAUUCUCCCCGGGAAAGGAGCAGCGGCGUCUGCAGCAGCAGCAGCGAAGAGUUCCCCCCUCCCCCAACAGCAGUCGCCUCAUGCCCCGCUCAUGUCGUCAGGUCAGUUCUCGGUGUUGCCAACAGUUGUGAGUGACUCUUUCAACCCACCCGUGGCGUCAUCGUCUGUCUCCGGUGGUAGUGGACCGACGGUGGGUAGCGCUCAGACUUCCUGGACGAGGAUCUUACCCAGCAGCAGCUCCAGCGGCGGUGUUGUUCAAGCAGACUUUAGAAGUGACCACCGUCAAGGCGUCACCACGAUGUCGUCUUCAUCUCCGUCCACGCCGUGGUCCCACGACAACCAGGGAUUCAUCACGGUCCCGGUGACCCAGGGGAGACCACUCCCGCGCCACCAGCGGAGCAUCAAGCCCCAGCUGCGUAGGGCCCUCAAGCCCAAAGUCCACGUGUUCCCGCCGUACGUCCGACGAGCCGAGUCUCAGUCUGUGCAGCACGACGCUGCGGGGACGAUGGCGGCAGCCAAACUGGUCAAAUGCGAGAGCACGUUCCACGGCACGAUCCCUCAGGUGGUGGCGCGGCUUUUGCAGUCGCAGAACAACCCCUCGGCCACGCCCACUCCGCUGCUAGGGGGCGCCACCACCACCACCCCCUCACCCACUCUGCCUACUCCUCCUUCUACCGCCCACGCCCCACCACCACCACUCCUGUCUCUCUCCUCCUCCUCCUCAUCGCGCAAGUCUCCGGUGUCUGCGUCUGGGUCUACAAUAAUGACAACGACAGCGGCUGCCGCCCCCAGUUCCUCGAGUGUGCCGGGGGCCGCCCGGUCCCACUCACUUCUGGUCAAAGAGAUGCUGGCGGAGCAGAUCCGAGCCCGGUCCGUGGAGAUGGUGACUGAUCAAGAUGAGCCGUCUUUUAUCCCCGUGGGCACGAUGAUCACGCCAGCUUCCUCGGUUCCGCGGUUGGACGGGGAGGCGUCGGUUUCAAAUUCGCGGCUGGACGGGUUCUCGGGAGGAUCCCCUGGUGCUCCCCUCCGCACGGCGACCUUGCCCCGGGCUCAGUUCCCGGCUGCGAGCGCUGGGGGAGGGGGUGGUGUGUCAGGCGAGACCCCCGCAGCAGACGCAGCGGAAUCCCACCAGAGCUCACAGACGUCAGCCCACCACCAGCGAGCCAGCUUCCCCUCGGUGUCGGGUUCGGGGGUGAGGAGCCGGCUAGCCGUCCAUCCCCCCUCUUCCUCUUCCUCCAGCUCGGGACGAGGGAGGGGGCGUGGCAGGAAGCAGAUGGGGAAGAAGUCGCUGACGAGGAAGGAGGUCGGCGAGGUUGCGGUGAAACUGUCGGGCGACGCUCGCGGUCGGCGAGGGAGGGGCGUGUCUCGGAGGCUGAAAACAGGCACACGCGUGACUCACCACCCCCUGAUCCACCACAAGAAGUCCAUGUCCAGUCUGCCGCAGCCCUCGCUGGAAGAAGAAGUGGUGGACACGCCGCUGGACCACAGCGGCAAGGGAGACCACCUCCACGGCAGCGACGGGCCGGGCCGCGGUGGUGGUGGUAGCGGUGGUGGGACCGCGAGGGACCGGAGCACGAGCCGACUGCGCUUUGAGAUCAGCAGCGACGAUGGCUUUUCUUGUCACGGGGACACCAUGGAAGACGCGUGGAACCAGGUACUGGAGAAGGUCCAGGACGUGCGAGCGGCCUCGAGGAUGAAGCAGCUCUCGUACGCCGGCAUCUCGGGCCGCAGCAUGUUUGCCGUGGAUCACCACGCCGUGGUGUACCUGAUUGAGCAGCUUUAUGGCGCCGUUCACUGCCAUAGGCACUACAAGUUCCGCUUCCACAAGUACGACCUGGACCAGGCUGAUGAGGAGGUGCCGCUGAACCCCAGCGGAUCGGCGCGCUGCGAGGCCUUCCAGAACAGAAAGCCGUUUGACAUGUUCAACUUCCUGAAGUCUGUGUACCGCAUCAAGCCGGACAGCACGCAGGAGAAGGAAGAGGAGAUGGCUCUCAAGUCUUCAAGGCGAGCGACGAGUCUGAGCCUUCCCAUGGCCAUGCGCUUCCGUAAGCUGAAGACAUUUGCCAAGGAAGCCGUGGAUGUUUACCGCUCUAAGAUCCACGGCAGGGGUCUCUUUUGUAAACGCAACAUCGACGCAGGCGAGAUGGUGAUCGAGUACGCUGGGGAGGUGAUCAGAGCGUCCCUCACCGACAAGCGGGAAAAGUAUUACGAGAGCAAGGGAAUCGGCUGCUACAUGUUCCGCAUCGAUGACGACGAGGUGGUGGAUGCGACGAUGCAUGGCAGCGCCGCACGCUUCAUCAACCAUUCCUGCGAGCCCAACUGCUUCUCCAAGGUGAUAAUGGUGGAUGGGAAGAAGCACAUUGUCAUUUUUGCCAUGAGACCAAUCAAGCGCGGGGAGGAGCUCACCUACGACUACAAGUUCCCCAUCGAGGAGGUCAAAAUUCCGUGCUCAUGUGGCUCUAAGCGCUGUCGAAAGUACCUGAACUGAGCCUCAGAGGGGCAAGGGAGGGCUAAUCCAGUGCUCGAGAGCCGACGAGCCGUGCUGGAAGUACCUGAACUGAGCCUAAGAGGGUUAAUCCUGUGGCUCUAUGCGCUGUCAAAAGUAUACCUGAGCUGAGCCUAAGAGGGUUAAUCCAGUGCUCGAGAGCCGACGAGCCGUGCUGAAACCUACCUGAAAUGAGCCUAAGAAUUUUAAUCCAGAGCUUGAGAACCGACAGGCUGCGUUGAACGUACUCCUGAACUGAGCCCAGGAGGUUUUAAUCCAGAGCUUGAGAACUGUUGACCUUUGCCGAAAGUACCCAGACUGAGCCUAGAGGAGGGUUAAUCUUUUGCUUGCUCGAGAAUGGAUGAGCUGAGCUGUGCUGGUCAUGGCUUGAGGUGUGGGCGUUGUGACCCUCCCGGGAUGAGAUCCAGUGAGAAGACUCUCGGGCCAACAAGCCGACACAAGGAGAUUAGGGGGGGGGGAGUUGAUUUGUGCGUGCGUCGGAGCCACCGGUGUUCAUGUGUGUGAGGUCAAGGUCAAGGUCUCCACCAGAAUGUUCAUGUGUGGAUGAGGGCUCACCAGAAUGUUUAUGUAUGUGUCAGAGCUCACUAGAAAGUUCAUGUAUUGAUCAGAAUGUUCAUGUAUGGAUCAGAGCUUGCUAAAAUGUUAAUACGUACGGAUCAGAGCUCAUUAGAAUGUUCAUGUAUGGAUCAGAGCUCACUAGAAUGUUCAUGUAUGGAUCAGAGCUCAUUAGAAUGUUCAUGUAUGGAUCAGAGCUCACCAGAAUGUUCAUGUACGGAUCAGAAAGUUCAUGUACAGAUUAGAAUGUUUAUGUAUGGAACAGAGCUCAUUAGAAUGUUGAUAUAUGGAUCAGAAUGUUCAUGUAUGGAUCAGAAUGUUCCUGUGUGGAUCAGAACUCGCAAAAAUGUUCAUACGUAUGGAUCAGAGCUCACUAGAAUGUUCACAUGUAUGGAUCAGAAUGUUCAUGCACGGAUUAGAAUGUUGAUGUAUGGAUCAGAAUGUUCAUGUAUGGAUCAGAGCUCACUAGAAUGUUCAUGUAUGGAUUAGAAUGUUAAUGGGUGAAAUAGAGCUCAUCAGAAUGUUGAUAUGGAUCAGAAUGUUCAUGCAUGGAUCAGAGCUUUCUAGAAUGUUCACAUGUAUGGAUCAGAGCUUUCUAGAAUGUUGAUGCACACGGAUCAGAGCUCACUAGAAUGUUCAUGUAUGGAUCAGAGCUCACUAGAAUGUUCAUGUAUGGAUCAGAAUGUUCAUGUAUGGAUCAGAGCUCACUAGAAUGUUCAUGUAUGGAUCAGAAUGUUAAUGUAUGAGACAGAGCUCAUUAGAAUGUUGAUAUAUAUGGAUCAGAAUGUUCAUGCAUGGAUCAGAGCUCACUAAAAUGUUCAUGUAUGGAUCAGAGCUCAUUAAAAUGUUCAUGUAUGGAACAGAGCUUAGUAAAAUGUUCACAUGUAUGGAUCGGAGCUCAUGUGCAAGUGAGGGCCCGCUGAAAUGUUCACGUGUGAGCCGUAGUCCAUGGAAAGGCGAGAUGUGAUGAGAGACCACCUCUGUAGCCAGCCGGUCCGUUUACCGUGUUGCAAUAAAUCCAGUGUUGAACCCCCCCAGGGGCGGUGCUACUGACUGAAUCGUCUUUAGGCCAUUCCCAAAGGGGGGGACAUUAACAUAUUCUUAU